GACCAAGGAGUCUGAUCAAAUGAUUUUUCCUCCCCAGGAGACCUAAGCCCUGUGUCUCCAAUAUGGAACUGGAGAACCACACACGAGUCACCAAGUUCAUUCUGGUGGGAUUCCCUGGGAGCUUGAGUAUGCGGGCAGCCAUGUUUCUGAUAUUCCUUGUGGCCUAUAUUCUGACAGUUGCUGAAAACGUGAUCAUCAUCCUAUUGGUACAGCAAAAUCGGCUACUGCACAAGCCUAUGUACUUCUUCCUGGCCAACCUGUCCUUCUUGGAGACUUGGUACAUCUCUGUGACUGUGCCCAAGUUACUGUUUAGUUUUUGGUCUAUGAACAACAGCAUCUCUUUCACACUCUGUAUGAUACAACUGUACUUCUUCAUUGCACUCAUGUGCACAGAAUGUGUGCUCCUGGCCGCCAUGGCCUAUGACCGAUAUGUGGCCAUCUGUCGUCCACUCCACUAUCUGACCAUAAUGAGCCAUGGGCUCUGCUUCCGCCUCGCUCUUGGUUCCUGGGCCAUUGGCUUUGGCAUCUCCCUGGCGAAGAUCUACUUCAUCUCCCGCCUCAGCUUCUGUGGUCCCAAUGUCAUCAACCACUUCUUCUGUGACAUCUCUCCAGUACUUAAUCUCUCCUGCACAGACAUGUCCAUAGCUGAGUUGGUGGACUUUAUCCUGGCACUGGGCAUCUUCCUUUUCCCACUCUUUAUUACUGUCCUGUCCUAUGGAUGCAUUCUGGCCACCAUCUUACGCAUGCCCACAGGAAAGCAGAAAGCAUUCUCCACUUGUGCCUCCCACCUUGUGGUGGUCACCGUUUUCUAUUCAGCCAUUAUUUUCAUGUAUGCUCGACCUCGAGCUAUCCAUGCCUUCAACAAGAGCAAAAUUAUUUCCAUCUUCUAUGCCAUUGUCACUCCUUCUCUCAACCCUUUCAUUUAUUGCCUAAGAAACCAAGAGGUCAAGGAAGCUCUGAAGAAACUGGCAUAUUGCCAGGCCAGCAGAUCUGACUAGUCAAUUGCAAUUGAUUAGAAAGAAAGGUCGAGUGGG